AUGCCUCCGUUCCGGGCCCGGCGAGCCACAGGGAGCUUCUGCUCGGCUGACACCUGGGAGCUUGGUGCAGGCGCUGGGGGGCGCCUAACAGCCUCCCCUCUCGUCCCACACCCAGAUCUCUCCCGGAACCGCUUUGCCGAAGUGCCCGAGGACGCCUGCCACCUGGUCUCCUUGGAAGGGCUGAGUCUGUACCACAACUGCCUGCGGAGCAUCCCGCCGGCCAUCGCCAACCUGCAGUCCCUCACCUACCUGAACCUCAGCCGGAACCAGCUCACCUCCCUCCCGCCCUGCCUCUGCCGCCUGCCCCUCAAGGUCCUCGUCGCCACCAACAACAAGCUGGCCUCGCUGCCCGACGAGAUGGGCUCGCUGAGCAACCUGCGCCAGCUGGACGUGAGCUGCAAUGAACUCCAGGCUCUGCCGGCCAGCAUGGGCCGGCUGGAGUCCCUGCGAGAUCUGAACCUGCGGAGGAACCAGCUAACCGCCCUGCCCGAAGAGCUGUCGGAGCUGCCCCUGGUCCGCCUGGAUUUCUCCUGCAACCGGGUCGCCCGCAUCCCCGUCUGCUACCGGCACCUCCGGCACCUGCAGACCAUCCUGCUGGACAAUAACCCCCUCCAGUCGCCGCCCGCGCAGAUCUGCCUGAAAGGCAAAAUCCAUAUCUUCAAGUACCUCAACCUGGAAGCCUGCAGCAAAACAGGGCCUGACCUGGCCGACUUCACCCGGCCCACCCGGCCCACCGGCUUUGGCACCUGCCUCUCCGACGAGUUCUACCCCGGCCGGCAGUACGGCGGCUUGGACUCAGGCUUCAACAGCGUCGACAGCGGCAGCAAGCGGUGGUCUGGGAACGAGUCCACAGACGAGUUCUCCGACCUGUCGUUCCGCAUCGCGGAGCUGGUGCGUGAUCCCCGCCAGCUGAAGGAGAAGCAGGACCGGGCAGCCAAUGGAGAGCUGGAGCAGAUCGACUUCAUCGACACCAGCGUGGAGGAGGAGGAAGCGGCCAAGCUGGAGAGCAGUUCGCAUGCCGUGGCCCCGGCAGAGGAGAAGCGGAGAGCAGAGAGGAGCCUUCCCCACAGAGCUGAUGUCGGGGAGAAGGUGCCGAACAGCAGGCCCAGCCCUCCGCAGGAAGAGCCCCCCGGCGAGGAGCGGAGGCGCCCCGAGACGCUGCAGAUCUGGCAGGAGAGGGAGCGGCAGCAGCACGCGUUGCGGAGCCAGGCGCUGGAGAAGCGGGACAGCCUGCUGAGGAUGGGGGCCAAAGGCAGCUUCGGCAGCGCACAGGGCCCAGCGGCCAGCAAUGGCCCGUCGGAGAGCAGCAGCCUGCCCCAGAGGAAGCCGAGGACCCAGGUCACAGAGCAGCCACCCGGUGUCCUCAGCCCGGCAUCCCCUGGGCAAAUGCCCCGGCAGCAGGAGUCGCUCCCCCCGCAGGUCUCCAGCCCCCUGGCACGGGAGCCCGGCUCGGCGCAGAAGCCCAGCAGCUUCCUCUUCCGCUCCUCGUCACGGACGGCCAUCAAGCCUGGCUCUGCCUGCACCCCCAACGACCCGACCGCCGACCCCCAGCACCCCCUGCGGCUACGGGCCAGCUCGCACGACCUGGACGAGAAGGACUUAACAGUCCAGCUCCGCAAGGCCAUUGAAUCGCGACUCAGCGUGACGCUGGCGGAGGACCUGGGCGAUGCCCUGGCCAACGGGGCCGUGCUGUGCCAGCUGGUCAACCACCUGCGCCCGCGCUCUGUGCCCUUCAUCCACGUCCCGUCUCCCGCCGUGCCAAAGCUGAACAAGGUCAAAUGUCGGAAAAACGUGGAGAGCUUCCUGGAGGCCUGUCGCCGCAUGGGGGUCCCAGAGGAAGCCCUGUGCCAGGCCCAGCACGUCCUGGACGAGGAGAGCCUGGCGCCGCUGGCCCGGACCGUCCAGGCCCUGCUGACUGUGGGCCAGCCCCCAAAGAAGCCGACGCCCCCCGAGGGCACCUCCAGCAAGAUCUAAGGGGCGGGGCCCUGACGCUAAUGGCACGGCCGAGGGGCCAGGGACUAGAACGCCCCCGGCCCGGUGGGGGCUGGACAGUGCUGAGCGUUCCCCCACGUGGGGCACUGGGGGGCCCGGCUCAUCCCCAAGCAGACGGUACAGCGAGGGGCCCUGCCCCCCCAGCGCCUAGCGAGAGCUGGGCCCCCUUUGGUGGCCGCAGUGGGAUCCUCAGCCCAAGCCCAGCUCCUGUUGCACAGCCCCCCCCCCCCCCCGGUCCCCUCCAGUGUCUGUGUCAUGGGGCAGCCUGGUAGCCACGUGAGCCCCCUUGGGCUAGGCCGGGGGUGGGGGGAGGCUGUGAGCAGCCGUGGGGUAAGGAUUGGGGGGGUGUUGAUUUUAUUUCCCUGCAGGGAGGAAAUCGGGGCCCGGCACCAGCCGCUCUCCCUCUGGCAGUGAUGGGCUUGGGGGUGCUGGCCUGGGGUGUCACAGGGCAGCCGCUGGCCGUGGGGCAGGGGGGCUCAGAGAGUGCCCCAUUUCCUUAGUGCCCCCUCCCCCACGUUUCCUGGGGCUGGGGGGGCAGAUUACCCUGACCAAGCCAUGGCUGGGGCUGUGCCCGGCAUGGGACGGUGCCCCCCAAGCUGCACCCCAUGGCGCCAGCAGCCCCUGCUCCCCAUGGGCCCUGGGGUGUUGUGCCCUCUAGUGGAAUAAAGAGGUAAAUGAACCGCC